AUGCUUCCAACUUUGUUAUUAAAAUCUGCUGGUUCUAAAAAAAAAGCUAGCUAUGUAACUUUUACAUUAAAUCAAGAAGCGAUGCAAUUUUGCAAUUUUGCUUCUUUAUUUUACAAAAAUUACUGGGUUUGGCAGCUUGGUAACCACUCCAAUCCCCAAAUUCAGGCACUCCCAACUUUGGUAUUAAAGUUUGCUGGCUAUAUGACCUUUAUGUUAAAUAAAGAAGCAGAGCAAAUUUGCAAUUUUGCUUCUUUAUUUUACAAAGUGGGAGCAACUCUUGAUUACUGGCAGGCACGAAUCAAGAGUUUAACUUCAAGUCCCAAAUUUUGGCACUUAACUUCACAACGCUUGGACCAAUACAGAGAAUUACUAG